UUCAUAUUAAGGAAUAUUUCACUUUCUCUGGUCAUAGGAACCAUAAUAAUUUGUGCAUGAGGCAGAUGCGGUGCGACUCGAGUUUCGCCAUCAGGUGGAAAACGGUGUCCCCUCGCUCUGGUCAGUCUCACCGGAGGAAAGGAAGGAGAGAGCGGGGACCGUGAGAGGCGGUUGGGGAAAAUCGUUUUAAACGGUCAUCCAACUCAGAAUUCCAAGUCGGAAAGUCGGUCAUCUUUCUAGAGCUCCGACUUUUCGACCUGAAGAACACUGACGUCGUAAUUUGAUCUCGUUGACGAUCAGAUGCAGGAGCACACUGAUCACACUGUGAUGGAGCUGAAUGCUGAUUAAGUGUCAUUUAUGACCACAUGGUAAACAGCCGCAUGAAAAGAGGAAGCAGAUGAAGUUGAGGCUACAGACAGAACAGAUCUGGAGCACACUGAUCACACUGUGAUGGAGCUGAAUGCUGAUUAAGUGUCAUUUAUGACCACAUGGUAAACAGCCGCAUGAAAAGAGGAAGCAGAUGAAGUUGAGGCUACAGACAGAACAGAUCUGGCUUGAGUCUUGACAUUUCCUCACACACCAUAACUUCUUGGAAAUAGGACUACCGAAUUCACUGAACAGAGGAGGAGACUAGGUGAGACUAGAUAUAGCAGUCAGUCCACAUAAUGUGGGCCCAGGAUGGUCUAGAUCUGGAAGGCUAAUUACUGAGACCCACCUGCUGACCCUUGCCCAUGUUCUUCUGCUCCAGGGGACCUGUCCUCCUGCGCUCCCCAGGAAACAUGCUUAUCUUCUGGAUGUCUUGUGGAUCACUUCUCCCUCUCCUGGUCCUCUGCUAUAAUGGAAAAGACCGCUGCACAAUCCAGGAGAACAAACAAUAUCAUGUGUCCCCUGUGCUUGAGUCCCUGCGCUGCUACAAUGACUACAGCUCCUACGUCCGCUGUAGCUGGGAAGAGAGUCCACACGCGUCCUCACAAGCCCUGUUAUCCCUAUACUACUGGGACGACACUGAGAACCGUGAGUCCCUGUGUAAACCCUAUGGUCAGCCAGCAUUGAAUGCCAACAACAGCAAGCUCACCGCCCAGUGUCAGUACAACACUCGUGACUUUGGCAUCAAUACCAACCAUGUCUUCUUCUUCAAUACCUCCUGUCCCCCUGCCCUGCUUCUGUCUAAGAAUUUGAGGGUGCGUCCACCAGUCCAUUUAUCACAGCAGCCUGUAGAGAGAGGGGUCCGUUUGCUCAGCUGGGAAAGCCCCUACCCCCCAACGUCCCUCCUGACCCCCACUCUCAACUAUCAGGUCAACUACAGGAGGUCUAACCAGGAUGACUGGACAGCAGUGAAGGUUCAAGACACCCAGCUGAGUUUGGAGCCUGAAGCUCAGGUGCCUGGCUGCCAGUAUGAGGCCAAGGUUAGGGCAAAGGGGGAGAUGGGACUGUGGAGUGAGUGGAGCUCUCUAGUGACCUGGAUGACUGAGGACGACCCUGUGCCAGGCCCCUCCAGUGCGCAGUGUGUGGUGGAUGACGAGAAAGUGGUGACAUGCAGCUGGGAGGUGAAGAGAGACCUGGCACAGUUCCUUACCUUCCAUCUGUCCUGCAAACGCAACCACACUGCACCAGCCCAGAAAUGCUGUGUUAACACCAUGGUCAGCGCUCCGUCCAGGGGUCCAAUGCUCAAAUACAGCUGCUCCUUCCCUGUCCCAGACUCAGAACAGCUAGAGGUGGAGCUCAUCCCCACAUGCAACAGCAAAACGUUUAAAACACAUAAAAACAUUCGUCCAAACCGUCCACUCCACGUGCAGAUAGAAGCGAGAGAUGGGAACUGGAUUCUAAAAUGGAAUCCGCCAAAAUCUAAUUUUGAACUCACCUAUCAGGUGCACUACUGGAGUAAUGACACUCAGGAGGAUACUAGGUUCCUCAAUGUCUCCCAGGGGUCCCUCUCACUCUCCAUCCUGGGGGGGUCCCUGCGCCCCUCUGAGUGCUACCUGGUUAAGGUGAGAGCCCUGGUGGUCCCGGGAAGGGGUGAUACUUUCGAAGGACCCCCUUCAGAAUGGACCGAUCCAGUGGAGUGGACCUCACAACCAGCUUCCUGGUCCAUCACCACCUUCCUCUACGUCUUCAUCAGUGUACUGGUGGCCAUUGUCUUCAUCACUCUAUAUGUUACCAUACCAGCCUGUCACAGGAGGCUAGUCUUGUGGGAGGUGUCUGUCCCGUCGCCCCUCAAGAGCAAGGCACUGGGAGAGGUCAUUAAGUCUCCUGAUAGGUUGUUAUUUCCCGAGAGUGAGAGAAGUGAAAAUACCUACAUCUGCAGCGUACAGAGACUGGAGAGCAGGGAGGAUAUCAGUCUCUGCUUUAGCUGCUCUUCAGAUAAUCCAUUGUGGUUGACCCCAAAUGUAAAGGCCAAUGGACUGUUCCAUUCCAUUACCAAGGAGGAGUGGAAGAAGUAUGACCCAAACUUUUCCUCAAUACUUCUGUUGUCUGUGGACAGAUCUUGCCCUCCUGCUCUAGACUCAUCCGGAUUCAGCUUCAGUGGCCCUUACAUCUUGUGUGGUGACAGUUCACUGGCGCCGAGUGAGUUUCUGAGUCUGGAGCCUCCCUGUGAGGAGUCCGACAACACUCUCUCUAACUCUGACCCCUCUUCUCCCCCCUCCUCGGAGAGGUCUGCCCCAUCCCCCUUGGAGUCGAGUGAGGGCUAUGUGGCGAUGCCUCAGGUCAGUGCUGUCCUGUCCAGAUCAACAACGGACGACAGUAAGAACAUUGGUAACAACAACGGCAACAAUGUCGUUAUCAUGGCAUGGCCCAAGUCAGAGCUCCUCCCACCCCAACCUAGCUCUAUGUCCACCUGCUCACCACCCAGUGAGAAUGAAGACCCUCCUCCAGCGUACAUGCCUACCACCACCACCCCCUUCACCUUGCCCCCAGUGGACCCUACCCUACAUACCUCUGGGUACUGCUUUCUCCCGGCUCUACAGGCACUUGGGGGCUGGGGCCAUGUGCAGUCUUCUGGGCCACCUAAAGGGGGCAGUCAAGAGCAGCAGGCAGGGAGGAGAGAGAGGAGGCAGGAGGAGCAGUGCAAGGAGGAUCCCUAUCCCAGACUGUCCCAGCUAGCCACUUAGCUAAUCCCAUCUAAUGCUGGAAUACAUGCUCAGGACAUGAGGGCCUCUAUAGGCCCCUGUUCUCAAUAUUUAAUCCAUUCUAAUACUAACACACCUGACUCAACUAAUCACAAGAGCUUGAUUAUUAGUUGGGCUAGUUCAAUCAGGUGUGUUAGUGUUGGAAUGGACCACGUGUAAAACUAGUGAUUUGCAGACCCCGAAGACUGGGUUGAGAUUGAGAAACACUUCUAUUUCUAGGAGGGAAAACUGGCGCCUCAUACAGUAGCCUCCCUUGAUUACUCACAAUGCCCAGCAGAUGGCAGCACUGUACUUACUGUGUAUAUGUUGAACUCAGAGGUGGCCUAUGGAUUCUAGUGUAAGGACUAACUACAAACACAGAAGCAUAGUGCAGUAAGCCAUUCCUCUCUGGGUGGUAAGGUGACUCAGGGCCAGAAUCCCAGGUUUCCACCACAUCACAUGGAUGGUACAUGUGUAACAGGGUGGCACUGUUGAGUUGGUGAGCGCAGCCUUAAGCCUCUGUCAGUGCCGGUGGCUGUUCCUGUCGUUCUACAGCAGGGGUCGGCCCACGGGCUGAAAAGUGUUGUGUUACAGAAUCAAAUCAAAUGUAAUUUGUCACAAGCUCCGUAAACAACAGGUGUAGACUUACAGUGAAAUGCUUAAUUUACAGGCCCUUCCCAACAAUGCAGAGAGAAAAAUAUAGAAAGAAAAUAACACAAGGAAUAAAUACACAAUGAGUAACGAUAACUUAAACUAUAUACACAGGGUACCAGCACUGAGUUUAUGUGCAAGGGUAUGAGGUAAUUGAGGUAGAUAUGUACAUAUAUGUAGGGGUAAAGUGACAAGGCAACAGGAUAGAUAAUAAACAAAGAGGGUGAAUGCAGAUAGUCUGGUUAGCUAUUUGGUUAACUAUUUAGUAGUCUUAUGGCUUGGGGGUAGAAGCUGUUCAGGGUCCUGUUGGUUCCAGACCUGGUGCAUUGGUACCGCUUGCCAUGCUGUAGCAGAGAGAACAGUCUGUGACUUGGGUGGAUGGAGUCUUUGACAAAUGUUUUCCUCUGACACCGUCUGGUAUAGAGGUCCUGGAUGGCAGGACCAUACGCACUACCCUCUGUAGCGCCUUGCAGUCUGAUGCCAAGCAUUUGCCAUACCAAGCAGUGAUGCUACCAGUCAAGAUGCCUUUAAUGGUGCAUCUGUAGAACGUUGAGGAUCUGAGGGCCCAUGCCAAAUAUUUUCAGCCUCCUGAGGGGGGAAGAGGCAUUGUCGUACCUUCUUCACAAAUGUCUGGGUGGACAAUGUUUAUUCCUUAGUGAUGUGGAACUAAGGAACGUGAAGCUCUCAUCGCGCUCCACUACAGCCCCAUCGAUGUGGAUAGGGGUGUGCUCGGCCCUCCGUAUCCUGUACUCCACGAUCAGCUCCUUUGUCUUGUUGAUGUUAAGAGAGAGGUUGUUGUCCUGGCACUACACUGCUAGAUCACUGACCUCCUCUCUAUAGGUGGUCUAAGCAGCCUUAAUGAUGGCAUUGGACUUGUGCGCAGCCAAGCAGUCGUGGGUGAACAGGGAGUACAGGAGGUGACUAAGCAUGCACCCCUGAGGGGCUCACAUGUUGAGGGUGAGCGUGGCAAACUUUUUGCUUCCUUGGUUAAACGUGAGGACACAUUUCAAAAAUCGAGGGAAAAGAUAUGAAGGGUGGAACUGUUGAGUUGAUGAAUGCAGCCAUGUGCCUCUGUUGAUUGUAAUUACGGGUGUGGCCUUCAGUAUUUAACAUGGCUGUUCUUGUUGUUCUACAUAGUCGCAUUACCAUGAGAAGGUUGGUAUGCGCAGGGAGGAUGGGAGUGGCAACAUUGGGCUAGUCCAAAUUCUGAAGUAUAUCCGGGGAUUUUGUAAGUGUGUAUGGCAAGAGUAUCCAUAUGCCAAUUUGACCCACUCUCCUUCUCCCCUUGGCAUUCCCUCGUGAGAGUAUUGUGCAACAUGUUCUGUGAACACGAGUAAUUGAUCUGAUCUGUGUUAUGCCAUAGCUCAGGCAUAUAUUGAAUAGAAUUGAGGAGUUGUCUGUCCCCUAAAGUUUUUUUAAUGUCCUGUGAUAGGGAAUCAGUACGAGCUAGAGCUUCCAAGGAACAUGUAUGCCUGGAGCUGAAGAUGAAAUUAUGGUGUCAAAUAGUUGUGGGUUGUUCACUAUACCUCUGCCUAUUAUUCCCAUGCUCCACUCCCUGAUGUUAGAGAACCUGUGUGUUUCAGAUUAGUCCCCUCGCGUAUAGAAAUGUGCCAUACUAUCGACUACAGGAAUAGGUAGAUAUAUGUAAAUCCCCCGUGUUACACAUCAGAAGAGGGCACACAGUAGUGAAGGCUGAGUCCCAAAUGCCUCCUUAUUCACUAUGUAGGGAAUAGGGUGCCAUUUGGGACUCAGACUUAGUGUAUCCUCCUCUGAAAGGUUAUCAUAGCGGGGAUAGUUAGGAGAGACCAGGGAUGGUUGUAACACAGGACAGUUGUAACACUCUCAAUAUCUCUAAUCAGGAACAAGCUAGAAUCAUGUGACUCACUGUGCACUAUUUAUUGUGAAGAAGCAAGACCCUGUGAUAGACUGCCGAUUUUAUUGAAAAAAAUAUGAUUUUGUGGUAAGAAAUGAAACAAAUUGACCAAAUGUAUUUUGCAGAUAGCAUCACCUGCUUUGUCGUUCACCAAACUUAUCAGGUUUAUAACCAGUGUGUAGACAUAUUAUAUGUACGCUAUCAAUGCUAAAGUUUGAUCAUGUGGCUAAAAAUUUAAGAUAGCUCAUGGCUGCAAAGGUCAGGGUUAGCCUAAGGAGGUCUGGGUGCUGGGCAUGCAAAUUGCCACAGGAGGAAUGCUGCCAGACAUUUUGGUGCUGCAGGUGCUGCAGAAAGAUCAGCACACCUCAAAUUCAGUGGUUAUGAGGUCAAAUCCCAGGUGGAGUUAUAUUUUAGAUGAACAGCUUACCACUUACUUUAAAACCACCAUACCAUUACUUUAUUAUAAUGGUUUGGGAUCAUCUGGGACCAUCGUGACGUCCUGACGACUGGUAGAACAAGUGUCUUGAGAACAUCCACUUGCUUAAUCUAUAGUAUGUCACUUUUGUUUUGAGCCAACUUCGCCGUGGGCGUUGAGCAGGGCACCUGGUUCACGGCCGGGAGGCAGCCCGGUUCCAAACCAAAUGCAAUGACUUUUUACCCAGGGCAAACUCCUGCCGGGGAAACCUGUGUCAGAUAAUCAAAUGUCCCUUCAAUCACAUUAACUUCACAGAAAAUGACACGUGAUCACACAAGAUCACACGUGUUCACUUGUGGAAUUCAUGAGGUUUUUUUUACAUAAGGGACACCACAUUCAGUUGUUUAGUCCAGAUGUUGUUGUAGUGGUUGAGAAGGGCCAGUUAAUGGAACGUUAAAAAAAUUGUACACAUUUUAUGAUUUUUAUUAUUAUUUUAUUAUUUCUGCUGCACAAAAUGUUACCCUCUAUGGGAUCGGUUGAGCUAAUGUGCGCUAAUGUGAUUAGCAUGACAUUUUAAGUAGCAAGAACAUUUCCCAGGACAUAGACAUAUCUGAUAUGGGCAGAAAGUUUAAAUUAUUGUUAAUCUAACUGCACUGUCCAAUUUACAGUAGCUGUUACAGUGAGAUGUUUUUUUUUUCAUUGUAUUAUCUUUUACCAGAUCUAAUGUGUUAUAUUCUCCUACAUUAAUUUGACAUUUCCACAAACUUCAAAGUGUUUAGUUUCAAAUGGUUUCAAGAAUAUACAUAUCUUGCUUCAGGUCCUGAGCUACAGGCAGUUAGAUUUGGGUAUGUCAUUUUAGGCGAAAAUUGUUGGACCCGUUUCUUUCAAUAUUUCGUUGCAUAUCAUGAUUUCUGCAUUUUUUUAACUGUUACAUUUCACCCCAGGCCCUGUUACUACAACUGACCUGGGAAUUGACAUAAAUUGUAGCAUUUCACUCCUUGUCUUUUUGAUUUAAGAGAGAUAACACCUAUACCUAUUGGUAGCAGACAGAUGGAAGCCGUUCCUAUCACAUUUUGAAUGUAGCAGCUCAAACAAUCUCUGAGAAAUUGACAAAAAUGCUAAAAGUGUUAGAACCAUCCCCAGUCUCCCCAAAGUUAUGAAUUCUUCACCAGCACAGAGCAAAUGUUAGUCUUUGGCACACUAUAUAUGCCCUGUUGGAUCAUCUGGUGCCCUUAACUUUGUGUUAACGAUUUGUCAGUCCUAUUUAUUUCUGAAAUAUUCAAUAUAAUAUACAUUUUAUAUUAUGCUUUAUAUGAGAUAUGAUAAGUAGUUUGAUAUAUGAAAAAUUGUGCCAAUUGUUUUCCAGUAUUUCCUGUAUUUUGUGCUGUAGGCCUAUUUCUAGGCGAUCAUACAAAUAGAUUAUGUUGUGAAUCAAGCUUUCUGUCACACUUUCCUUCCCCAAAUGCUCCAUUCAGGUAAAGAAAAAUGUCACCAGAUGGAUGUGCUAUGAUGACCCCCCCGUGUUUUUUCUGUAUAGCGAUUCUCAUUGUGCCUAUCCUAAUAUUAUCAGGUUAAUAUCAGAGGUUAAUGUAUACAUUUAUUAUUAUUUAAGAAUAAAAUGACUAUGGCUUU